AUGCAGCCGACGCGUCCUCCGAAAGUCUCCCUUAAAAAGAUUCGCAUCACCUUCAUGAAACAGGAUCAUCAAUUUUACCGCUUGAGUUUUGUACUUCCGAGCUUUGCUUCAUGGGAGAUGGACAACAAGGAAAUUUACAUAGUGUAUUUUUGA